CCGUCUCCAAUGCAAGACGAUAAAGUGUUUGAAAGGAUAAACACAAACACAAAAUUGUCUUAUCUCGAGAAACUAAACAUAAAAAUACAUUAACAAAUCAAAUAAAUAGGGAAAUACUUUGGUACCAAUUGGUUUGUUCGUUUUAUGUAGUCAUCGGUGUCGGAAUAAGUUUUUUUUAAAAUUACAUUUUUAUCGGUUAUGUUGGAUAGGAUAGUCGUUUUGAAAAAUAGUGUAGUGAAAUUGAAAAUAGUUAUAUCGAGAGUAUAGUUACGCAUCAAAACUAGGACAUUUAAAAAUUAUUCGCGGUACCUAUGUAGUGUUUAUUGCUGCUGACAUUAUUUAAUGAUAAUUUUUUCCCGAAUCAUAAUGAGAGAUCUCAUCAGAAAUUACAAACAGAUAAUUAAAGGAAAAAAUGGACCAGAUUCUGAUUCUGAAUUGCUUCUAAGCUCUUCAACGUCUGCGGAAAAUAGUGAAUGUUGCUUUUUUCUCAGCACAAGUACGGAAGCUGCCGAACCCAGAAUAUUCCAACAAGAGAAUUGUAGCUCGGAUAGCGAAAAUGACAAUCCCGAAAAAGGUUCUACAGAAAAAUUUGGCCAACAAAAGCAAAAUAACUUCAUUAAAAGGAAAUUUCUAUCUAAAAACAGUUUUAAAAUGAAUAAAAACGAUUAUCUGUAUGAUAUUCUCGAUCAUUCCACCUUGAAUGAAGUUGUCACAGAAAAUACGAAACUGAUUUCUUCGAAGAAGAUAAUUAUAGAUGAUAACCAGCCUAGUUUCAGUAGAUCCCAAAGUAUUAAUGACCAUACCAACAGCUCUCUAGUGACCAUAUUUGCAGUAUGGAAUACCACGGUAGGCUCAUCUCUAUUGGCCAUGGCGUGGGGCAUGGGAAAAGCUGGAUUAUUUCCAGGAAUUGUCAUUAAUUUAUUAGUCGUAGCUCUCUGUUUAUACACCGCAUAUGUACUGCUCAAAAUAAAUGAAAAACAUGGUAUAGCUGGACAGAAUUUUGAAGUUCCUGAAUUAUGUAGACUGCUAAUAGGUAGAUGGGCGGAAAUUGUAUCAAAAAUAUUUUCUUUAAUAGUUCUAAUUGGUGGUGACAUCGUUUACUGGAUAUUAAUGUCUAAUUUUCUGUACAACUUUGUUGUCUUCAUAUAUGGAUACUUCAAUGAGGCUCAAGAUGGCACUGAAGACACCGUCCAAUGUCCCAAAGAAAUCGGCGGAAUUGGGAAUACAACAGUCAUUUCAGAAACAAAUCAUUCAGGGACUUUUUACAAUGUCUGGGACCUUUACAGUACGGUUCCAUUGUUUUUAGCUUUGAUGAUGUUCCCACUUUUGAACAUGAAGAGCCCAACUUUUUUCACCAAGUUCAAUAGCCUGGGUACUUUAAGCAUUUCCUAUCUGAUAAUCUUCGUAGCAGUGAAAUCUUUUGGUUGGGGUAUAAACAUGGACGACUGGGCGAUCGAAUUCAGCAUAAAAUCAACGUUUUGCGUCCUUAGCGGAAUGCUGACGAUGAGCUACUUCAUUCACAACAUCAUCAUUUCUAUAAUGCGGCACAACGAGUAUCAAAGCAACAACGGACGAGACCUCUCCAUAGCAUUUGCUUUAGUAACAUUUACGUAUGUCUUUCUCGGAGCAGCUUUCUACAUGACUUUCCCUUUGAAAAAAUCAUGUAUCGAAGACAAUUUGCUGAAUAACUUUUCCAAAAGAGACUUACUAGCACUGACGGCAAGGAUUUUGCUGUUUUUCCAGUUGUUCACAGUAUUUCCGUUUGUAACGUACAUGUUAAGAACUGAAAUAUUAUCGUGUUUUAAGAUGAUUUUCGGGAAAGAUAGGCACGGCGAAUUUUCAUAUACAAAGACUAUAUUAAUUAACUUUAAUAUAGUCGUUGUAUGUUUACUGUUCGCCUGCUUCAUGCCGAAAAUUGGGACUCUAAUCAGGUACACUGGAGCAUUAAGUGGACUCGUCUACAUAUUUGUAAUGCCCAGCUGUCUGAAGAUGGCAUCACUUGGAAAAGAAGGAACUCUCACAGUCCCAAGCAUACUGAUGCAUGUGGGAAUCAUGAUUCUAGGAGUAAUUAAUUUGAUUUCUCAAUUUUUUAUGAAAUAAGGAAAUUAAGUUGGGCAUUUUAAGGAAAACGAUUGGAAAAAUGGCGGCUAUGGAGAGGAAUAAUGAUUCUUGGAAUGCUCUAUUCGAGUUGGGUGUUUUAAGAAAAGAAAAACGGCUGCACGAGCUACAACAGCUACAAAAAGAAAAAUGCAGCUAUUUCAAAAGAAAAAAUAUUUACAAAAAGAAAUUUCUAGCAGGGUUGCAUUUACCAUUAGGCACAAGUUGAGCCCUCUUUUCUCAACAAUUAUAUAAAAAAUCUCAUGAUUUGCUCCUACGGAUCCAAAAGUGUAAAUGUAAAUGCAGCCCUGGAUUCUAGCAUUUGACUGUUUUACAUUUUGUUAAGAUAUUAAAAAGGAAAACAAGGCAAUUUACUGUAAAAUCAGCUACUGUUUGAAAUAAUAAAUUAUUAUUCAUUACCAUUGUUUUUUAUUUUUGCAUAAAGUAAUUUUAGGAUUAUUGAUUGUUACAAACUUUUAGAUUCCAUUUAAUUUGGAGUAACGCUAAGAUAUAGGUACUCAUCAAAAGGAUUUAUUCAUUCCAAAAACUAAUUAUGGCUUAUUUAGUCCUCUAACAAGAAUGCCUCCAGGCAGAAUUUUCAGAAGGUGCCAUAGAAUUAACUAUUCCCUUUUUGGCAUAUUUUUUUUAAUAAAAGACUCAUAGAUUGUAAGAAUUUUAAUCUCAGGGGUUAUGGGACACAUGAUCCUCUCCAUGGAGCCACCCUUAAAAGAAGUGUAAAUUCUUGGAUAUCUUUCAAUAUCUUUUAAAAAUAUUUCUUAAUAUUUGUCAUUUGACUAACUUAAAUGUUGGUGUUAUAUUUUAGUUUUUAUAUAUUUUUUUUAUUGUAAUGGGGAUUUCCCAUACAUUGUCCAAUAAAUAAAUAAAUAACAAAUUAAUAAAUAUUUCAAUUGUGUGCUCAAAAGCCCAGUAUACCUUGAUAUGUAGUCACAAAGACCUGAAAUAACAACUAAAUUAAGAGAAACAUCACCUAAUCUAAUUUUUUGAAAUAUCAAGUUAAUUUAUUAUAAAUACAAAUUUAUGGCAGGUAUACAAACAUAAAUGGGCAAAAAAUCACGAAAACUUAACUUGGAAAGUAAUCGUAAGGUUUCCUAUUGAAAUUAUCCAAAAUAUGUUCAUCCGCUCCCUUAUCAACUAAAAAUUUGUAAAUAUCUCUACUGCCUUUUCUGGCAGCACAAUGUAAAGCUGUUAAACCACUCAUAUUACUUUCAUUAACAUUCCAAUUCAAAUCAGAUAAAAGGAAUUCAAUAACAACUGUGGAAUGCUCUUGAGAAGAUGCAAGAUGAAGUAGUCCAUAGUCGCUAUUAUUCCUAAGGUUUAUAUCAGCCCCAUUACAUAUUAAAACUUUACAAAUAUCUAUAUUUCCACUUAAAACGGCUUCAUGCAAAGAUGUAUUGCCACAAUUGUCCCUUUCAUUUACCUGCAGUCCUAAUUUAAGUAACAUUUCAACAAUUUUCAAAUGACCGUGUAAAGCAGCCACAUGUAAACCCGUUCUACCAUUUUUUGUUUUGAUUUUCAGAUCUAAACCAGAGUUUAUGAGUAGAUUUAGAAUAGCUGGAUCACCUUCUCUACAAAUUAGAUGUAAGCUAGUCCAACCAUCUUUAUUUUUAUAAUUAACUGAAGCAUUAUGAUUUAAAAAUAAUUUUACUAUGUCAUAGUUUUCACCUCCACUAGUUUUUGUACAUGAUAACAUGAGAGGAGUCCAAUCAGCUCUUUUUAUAGCAUUAACAUUUGCACCAUAUGUUAAAAGUGUUCUACAAGCUUCCAGUUGACCAAAUUGUGCAGCUUCAUGUAAGGCAGUCUUAUCAUCUUUAUUUUUACAAUCUACAUCCUUGCAUUGAAAUCUAUUCAUUAAAAAAUGUAUUAUAUUUAUGUGUCCCAAUCUGGCAGCAAUGUGAAGUAUGGUAUCCCCCGUUAUAUGAUAAUGUAUUGCACUCCAGUGAAGAUCAGGAUAUUUUUUAAAGACUUCAUCAAUGUAAGUAAUAUUCCCAUUUUGUAUGUCUCUAAGUAUUUUGUUGGUUUCUUUGGAAUCUGGAUGAUUUUCUAUCAUAUUCGGCAUCACAGAACACUUUUCGGCAUUCCAACC